UCCGUGUGGAAAGAGGGUCCCGCCAUCCGUUUCGAGUGCGUCUUCGCAAAGGCGACGUCGGGGCUUCGUGAUGGACCACGCGUCGCAGGCGGUUCGCGCCAACACCUUGAGCAGGGUGGAGAGAAAUGCGGUAGUUGCAGCAGUGUCGGCAGUGGCCAUGCGAUGUCACAUCGAGAGAACGACGGCGCGCUUGAGAACGAGAGUGUCUAUUCGCAGGCAGCGUGAGCUCAUCCAGCACGUGAUGGAGGCGCCAGACUGCGUCUCCAUGUCCGAAUCCAUUUUUCAGUUCAGCGCCGCCAUGUCAUCCGGGCCGGAUCACAUCAUCGCAUAUGCGUUGUACCGAUGGGCAAGCAGGGAGACGUACGAGAGCAGCACUUCCUCAUUCGGAAUAGGGCGCGCAUCCGGGUUGAUCGCAGUGGAGGACGUUACGAGGGCGCUCCUCAGUGUGUACCGUGACAAGAUCGUCUGGCCUGCUGGGAGGUGCCGUGUGCUAGUUCUGCGCGCCUUCGAGGCGAAGGGCUUUCUUAACUGCUAUGGCUGCAUAGACUUCACGCACGUUUACGUCGACAAACCGGCAAACGCUCCUUCCGAGAACUACUUCGACCGCAAGCAUCGUUUCUCCGUUGUAGCACAGGUGGUGGUGGACCUCGACUUGCGCAUCACGGACGUUUUCGUCGGUUACCAAGGGAGCUGCCAUGACAUUCGGGUGCUUCAGCUCUCCAGUCUGUGGUCGCGUGCGGAGGAGGGGGAUCUUUUCCGUGGGCCUGCUGUUGUGCUGCCAUUCGGAGUGAAGACACACGGUUACAUUCUGGGCGACAACGGGUAUCCGCCACUCGAGUGGAUUGUCGUGCCGUACGGGGGGACCAAUCAAGUCCCCGAGGAGGAGAGGUUCGACAACAAGCAAAAGGUCGCCAGGGGAGCAGUGGAGAGAGCUUUCAGGAGAUUGAAAGGGAUGUGGAGGUUGUUCCUCCACACACACAAGACGAAUAUGGACACUCUCCCACAACAGUUCCAGGCCGUGUGCAUUCUGCACAACAUCCUCCUUGACGCUGACAUGGAGUUCGACGAGAACUUGCUGUGGGAGGUGGAUGCUAAUGGCGUGCGCCGACGAGUGGACUUGGGGUUGGAUCAUCCACCCCACCCCAUUGCUGAGAACUUCAAUCGGCCCCGUGCGUUGGCCCUAUGCGAGGCGUUGGCGGAGCGGAUGAAACACGCGUGAAGGCGCGCACCGCGUCGACGGCGAGUGGCUCUGCCGUCCUUUUGGAGGUCGUGUUGGGGUCAUCGUCCAACGGAG